AAUGAAAAAACUACCAUGCAGAAUUUGAAUGACCGUUUGGCCGCAUACCUGGAAAAGGUGCGCUCCUUAGAAACUUCAAACUCUGUUUUUGAAAAGCAGAUCCGGGAGUGGUAUGAAAAGAGUUCCCCUAUUACUAAGCAAGACUAUAGUGCCUACUUUAAAGUAAUCAGAGAACUUCAAGAUAAGAUUACCGAAGCCCGAGAAGAUAACACCAGGAUCAUACUGCAAAUUGACAAUUCCAAGUUGGCUGCUGAUGAUUUCAGAGUAAAAUAUGAAACUGAGUUGGGCCUGCGACUAAGUGUGGAAUAUGACAUCACAGGAUUACAGGGACUAAUUGAUGACCUCACACUAGUUAGGACUGAUUUGGAGCAACAGAUUGAAAGUCUAAAAGAAGAAUUGGCUUACCUCAGGAAACAACAUGAUGAGGAAACAGCAAGAUUACGUGGACAGCUGAGUGGGAAUGUUUCUGUGGAGGUAGAUGCUGCUCCAGGCAUUGAUCUAGCCCAAAUGAUGGAAAACAUGCGUCAGCAAUAUGAAAUCCUGGCUGAAAAGAACCGUCAAGAGGCUAAGGAUCGGUUUGAUAAACUGAUUGAACAAUUGAAUGAGGAAGUCACCACAACUACCUAUCAACUUGAAACACACAGAAGUGAGAUUACAGACCGGAGGAAUACACUCCAAAGUCUGGAGAUUGAACUCCGAUCUCAAUUAAGCUGGAAAACUGAACGAGAGAAUGCACUGGCAGAAAUUGAAGCUCAUUACAGAACUAUAUUGACUCAAAUUCAAAUGGCCAUUGGAAACAUCGAGGCCCAACUAAUGCAGCUGCGGAGUGACAUGGAGCAACAGAGUAUGGAAUACAGCAUCCUCUUGGACAUUAAAGUCAAACUAGAAGCAGAGAUUUCCACUUAUCGUCGUCUCCUGGAAGGGGAGGAUUGGAGAAUGAUUGCUUCAGAUUUAGAGACGAGCAAAGAAGCUGAAAAAGAAAAGAAUAAAACUCUGAGGAUCAAGACUGUGGUCGAAGAGAUGGUGGAUGGAAAAGUAGUAUCCUCCCAUGUUGAUGAAAGAGAAGAGAAGAUGUAG